AGUUUCCUACAACAUUGAGAUUUUUGAUUGAUGUUGCAGGUUAGAACUUCCCAUUGUGAAAUACAUUCUUGAAAGAGAGACCAUGAGUAAUUCCCAUUGCCUUAUGUUUCUUAGUAUGGUGUUUCCCCUCCAUUCUAUCUCUGCUCAAGCCUCUUCAUGCAAUGGGGGUCUCUCUCUCAUACAAACGGGAAGAGGUACUAUUGAUGCGUGGCAAGUUGACUCCAAUGUGGAAGAUCUGGCGCCCCAGGUUCAAAGCUCAAAUCGUGAGGUAACAAUGGACCUUAGAUCAAGGAAGGGUCAUCAUAGCAUGUGGCAUCGGCAUCGACAUCGACAUCGUCACCUCAAAAAUGUGCAUGAGGCUUUAAUCAUCAUAGGAUGGGGAACUAUGUUGCCCAUGGGGGUGAUUAUCGCAAGGUACUUCAAAGAAUUUCCCAUGACUUUCAACGAAUGGUACCAAUUUCACAUCAUGCUCCAGAGCAUUGGAUAUAUUCUGGGCACCAUUGGAUGGGGAAUUGGGAUAAGCCUCGGAAAUACUUCCAGACAAUCCACCUAUAAAACACAAAACAUUCUAAGUACCAUUUUGUUUACCUUCACAACUAUUCAAAUGCUUGCCAUCUUUUGGCAACCAAAGAAAGAAGAUGAAUAUCGCAAGUGCUGGGAGAAAUGCCACCAUUUUCUUGGGCAUGCAUUGCUUGCAUUAAUUAUAGCAAACAUACUUGUGGGGAUCCAUAAUCAAAGUCCAACUGAAAAUUGGAUAUGGGUUUACGUUGUAAUUCUUGGAGUUUUAGCGUUAAUAGCCCUUGCAUUGGAAAGUUAUAGGUGGGUUAAGGGACGUCAGUGGAAUUGAACAGCAAUAUGUACA